AUGGAUACAUCCUGUUCAUUCCCCACUGCCAAUGUUUCUUUGCGUACCUUUCCAAAGCAACUUAUGAGUGGCCAGGUAUAUCGAGUUAGUUUAAUCUUGGAAAUGCCAGAAUCACCUGUCAAUAAAGAUUUAGGAGUGUUUAUGGUAAAACUUACGUUUGCCUCCAAGGAAAACUAUAGAGUUACUACCUCUUCGCGUCCGGCUAUACUUCGCCAUAAGUCGUGGCUUUUACAUUUUUUCUCGACUACCUUUUUUGCAAUGCCUCUACUUACUGGAUUCUCCGAAGAAAAGCAAACUAUAAAAGUAGAUCUAUUUGAAAACUUUUUAGAAGAUACGCUCCGUCCAGCAGCUUAUGCUCAGGUCGAAUUGCAAGCUUUAAAUAUCGAGAUAUAUUCGGCUUCAUUGAUUAUUAAUGCCCGCUUUUCCGGCUUAAGGUAUUUUAUGUAUAAUUGGCCUCUAACCGCUGGUAUACUGGGAGUAUUGGGCAACUUUAUCAUGAUUUCCAUACUACUUCUCUUACUUUGGGAUUCUAUUUUCGAGGUGGUACAACGCGAUCGUAUUUUCGUUCCAAUCUCCGAAAAUAAUCUUUCGAACGUAGAACGAAUGCUAACUGAUUUGGAUCGAUCGUAUUUACCAGUAUUUUGUGAUAGUAACUCAGACUUACAUACGAAUAUCGCAAAUGCUAUAGUUAAUAUUAGCAAUACUGGCUUAAUUCCUGCAGUUAGAUUUGUGAGUUUAUCUGCAAACGAGGUUCGUAGUGUACUUAGAUCAGGUGAUCAUCAAAGAUCAAGUCGUCGCUUUGAAGAGAAUGAUAUUGAAAGCAUCAGCUCUACGAAUAAUAUAGAUGAUAAUUCUUUAGUAACCGAUGCUGAUAAUGAGGAAAAAUCUGAUCCCACUCGUAUACAAAGUAUGCCUACUGUUGGCAGUAGUACUCAGCAAGAUGAAAGUACUCCAACGGAAAGGAAUGAUGAUGAUGAUGAUAAUAACCUACAAGACACUGAAAGACAGAUAAGGGAUCUAGAUGGUGAUGAUAAUAUCAUUGAGAGUCAAGUGUCAGAAUCGGUGCUAGAGGAUAACGAUAAUUUGGUAUUACGUCGUAGGCAACGAGCAAGUGUAACUGAUGUAUCAUCUAACGUAGAGCUUGAUUCUGAAGAAUCGUCCAGAAAAUAA